AUGGAGACAACACCGGCAAGAGAUCUAGAAAAUAACAUUCGAGCCACCACGAGGGAAUUCUUGACGGCCUACCUCCACGCGAGCGAGCAGAACGACCCAAAAGUGUUCUCUGCGACGCUCACAAGCGACUGCCGCCGGUAUAUCGGGCCACCCAGCUUUCUCACCGCGAUGGGCCUCGCGGCAGACUUUUCCUUCUCCAACACCGAGUAUGAGGAUCUCUCACGCAAGGAUAUGGAAGUCUGGAGUAUUACGUUGUGCAGGCAGGGGAACAUGACUGUCGAUGUUGCCAAUCGGAAAUCGGCGGCAACCUCUGAGUAUGUGGGUUCAUUGAGCGACGGGACACAGUUUAGCAGAAACCUUGCGUGGUUUCUUGACUUUAACGAGGAUGGGAGCAAGAUAACGCGCAUCUAUCAGCUGAAUGAUACCCAGGAGGCAAGGGACUUUCGGCUCAAAUUGGAGGCGCUGCAGGGCCAAGAUGAAGCAUAA